AUGGUGGACAAGGCAUGGGUUCACCUAUGCAGAGCGGAUCCUGCAUAUGAGAUUGGUGCUAGGAAUUUUGUGAACUCAGUUGCCUAUGCCUUAGGAGAUUGUGAUUUGGUUAUAUGCCCGUGCAUUGAUUGUCGAAACGUAGACCGUCAUUCUAAAAAUGAUGUAGUGGAUCACUUGGUCACAAGAGUUAUGGAUGAGACGUACAAGCUAAGGACUGAUUGGUAUCAUCAUGGGGAAGUAAACUGUGGGUCUGACGAAGCAAGGAAAGUGAUAAGAGAGUGGAACGAGGAGAUUGUAGGGUUGUAUCAAGCUGCCGAAUACUUGGAUGAAGAGUUAGCUAACAAGACGGACUUAUGCGAUGUUGCUGAAGGUUUAGACAAGAGAGAAGACGAGUUUCUAGCUAAACUUGCUGAUGCCGAAACGCCAUUGUAUCCAAGUUGUGCCAGCCAUAGCAAGCUAUCAGCAAUUGUAUCGUUGUUUAGGCUGAAGACUCAGAAUGGGUGGUCGGACAAGAGCUUCAACGAGCUGUUAGAGACACUGCCGAGUAUGUUGCCGGAGGAUAAUGUGCUUCACACCUCGUUGUAUGACGUGAAGAAGUUCCUCAAGUCUUUCCAUAUGGGGUACGAGAAGAUCCAUGCCUGUGUUAAUGAUUGUUGUCUUUUCAGAAAGGGGUUGAAGAAGUUAGACAACUGUCCCAAGUGCAAGACAUCAAGAUGGAAGACUAACUUCCAAACCGGUGAACUUAAAAAAGGUGUCCCUCAGAAAGUUUUGAGGUACUUUCCCAUCAUUCCGAGGCUGAAGAGGAUGUUUAGGUCAGAGCAAACUGCUAAGGAGUUACGGUGGCAUUUUACUAACAAAAGUAAUGAUGGAAAGCUGCGUCAUCCCGUAGACUCCGUAACAUGGGACCAGAUGAAUUCCAAGUACCCGUUGUUUGCCGCAGAAUCAAGGAACAUUCGGCUAGGUCUAUCUACCGACGGUUUCAAUCCAUUCAGCAUGAAAAAUACAAGGUAUUCUUGUUGGCCUGUAUUGUUGGUGAAUUAUAAUAUGGCUCCAGACUUGUGUAUGAAGAAGGAGAAUAUCAUGCUUUCCUUGUUGAUUCCUGGACCGUAUCAACCUGGCAACAGUAUAGAUGUGUACUUGGAGCCACUGAUCGAUGACCUCCAACGAUUGUGGGACAUUGGAGAACAAAUGUAUGAUGCAUUCAGUAAAACCACAUUCACAAUGAAGGCAAUGCUAUUGUGGACUAUUAGUGACCUACCUGCAUAUGGAAAUCUGGCUGGCUGCAGAGUAAAAGGUAAGAUGGGAUGUCCAUUAUGUGGAAAGCAUACUGAUAGUUUAUGGUUACCUAAUAGCAGGAAGCAUGUUUACAUGUGUCAUAGAAAGGGAUUAUCACCCACGCAUAGUUACCGUGGGAAGAAGGCAUGGUUCCAUGGAAAAGUUGAAUAUGGAAGGAAGGGUAGGAUUCUAACGGGUCAUAACAUAUCUGUGUUGCUGAAGAAUUACAAAAACGAGUUUGGAAAUGUUAGACAAGCUGGAAGGAAAAGAAAAAGGGUUAUUCCUGCGGAGUCAUUAGCUGAUAGUGAAGACGAAGAAUCCGAAUCAGAGGAGGAAGAGGAAGUAGAUGAAGAAGAAUUAUCUAGAUGGAAGAAACGAUCUAUCUUUUUCAAUUUUCCUUACUGGGAGGAACUCCCGGUCAGACAUAACUUAGACGUUAUGCACGUAGAAAGAAAUGUUGCAGCGAGCAUCAUUUCCACCUUGCUGCAUUGUGGAAAUUCAAAAGACGGUCUUAAUGCUCGUAAAGCUCUACAAGUCCUUGGUAUUAGGAAAGAGUUGAAUCCUAAAGCCAGAGGCAAACGAACUUACUUACCUGCAGCACCGUGCGUAUCAUUAGAAGAGUCUAAGACAAUGGGAUUGAAGUCACACGAUUACCAUGUGCUCAUGCAACAACUUUUACCAGUUGCACUUAGAGGUCUUUUACCGAAAGGGCCUAGAAUAGCCAUUACACGAUUAUGUGCAUUCUUCAACAAUCUAUGUCAACGUGUUGUUGAUAGGGAGAAAAUAUCAGGAAUGGAAAACGAAAGCGUUGAGACUAUUUGUAUGUUUGAGAGAUUUUUCCCACCUAGUUUCUUUGAUAUAAUGGUUCACUUGUGUAUACAUCUUGGGAGGGAAGCUAGAUUAGGUGGACCUGUGCACUUUCGAUGGAUGUAUCCUUUCGAGAGACACAUGAAACUGUUGAAAGACUACGUCAGGAAUCCUGCAAGACCGGAAGGAUGUAUUGCUGAAUCAUAUCUAGCAGAGGAAUGUAUGCAGUUCUGCAGAGAUUUCUUGAGGAAGACCACAAGUGGUGUCACCAUGAAAUUACAAAUGAAGUGUCUGUUAUUCGACUGGGCUGGAACGGAUGAAAAAGUUGGUGAAGGACGUAUUUUGUCUGAAGAGCCUGAGGAAUUUGUCAACAGUAUACCCUUAGGCCCAAACUCAUACAAAGUUUUGGUGGAAACAGCGAUUAAGCCAGAAGCUUAUCUUUGGAGACCUGCUCGCAACGUCUUCAAUAUGGAGCAAGCAGUUGGAGAGAUGAUUGCAUGGCCUCACAAUUUUGUGGUUCCCUUUAGCAGCGGAUGUGAACCAGAAGACAUUACGCCUCUGAGUCCUAAUACUAGCUCUCGGAACUUCUGCAAGCUGCUUGACUGGGCUAGAACUAACGAGGAAGUUGUUGCAGAGGGUCGUUGGCAUUCUCGAGAGCCAAAAGCAUUAGUCAACGGACUACCUCUCGGACCUAAUGCAGUGAAGGUAUCGUCGAUGUGGUUUUAUGCCCAAAUACCUUCCGCUGGAGGCCAACGACUGAGUUCUUAG